GCAUUGCGUUUUAAUUUAAAUAACACUUAUGCAAGUGCUGGAAUAGACAAAAUCUCUCAAAUUUUGAGUUCAUGGAAUGUUUUUGUAAAUAAUUCAAAACUCGUUUUAGGCGUUGAAUUUGGUGGAAUUGUUGAAAUUGUUUCUGAUGAUAGUAAUAAUAUUAAAUCAGACAUCGAGAGUCAACAACUCAACCAUACUUUAUUAUCAUCAUCAUCUUGUUCUACGAAUUUAAUUUCAUUGUCACAAUGGACCUAUGGUUUUAUUAGCAAUGUGAAACAACCAUAUUUUUACCAACAACAAAACUCUUCAAACUACUAUGUCAUUUUCUAUGAAGAUUAUCAAUCGUUAAAUGCCAAACUUGACUAUAUAAAAAAUAAUAAUUUAGCAGGAAUUGCGAUUGCGGACAUCACCAAGGAUUCGAAAGAUUUACGAUUGACAAACUUUAUUUUGGGAAUUCUACCAAAUAAUCCGGGAAGGAAUGAAAAUUCAACCUCUUUAUCUCCCAAUAUAGCUGCAAUAGUGGGUGGUGUAAUAGGCUCCAUUAUUUUUGUUAGCGCAUUAGUAGCUGUUGGUAUCAUAUUGUAUCGAAGAAGGCACAAACCAAGAAAUGUUGUAACAACUGUCAUAGCAAUGUUUGAUUAUGUGGAAAAAGAGGCAAAUAAUUUGAGUUUUAAAGCAGGUGAUGUUAUUGAAGUACUUUAUGAUUAA